AUGGCUUCCACAUUAGACAACAAGGCGCGCUUCGACAGAAUCGUUGCCAGACUUCCCGUUCAGAACCUGAGCAACACUGAUGCCAUUGAGGCUUCACUCGCAAAGACAGACAAGACUCCCAUCUGCCUCUGGGUGACAUCACCAACCGGAAAGCCCCAUCUUGGAUACUUUGUUCCUCUCCUAAAGCUUGCCGAUUUCCUCGAGGCUGGUGUCGAGGUCCGCAUCAUUCUCCUCGACACAUACUCCUUCCUGGACAAUGUCGACUACCCCAUGGACCAGGUCGCCCACCGCGCCAAGUUCUACCAGUGCGGCAUGACCGCUGCCCUGCAGUGCCUUGGCAUUGACAGCACCGGUGUCAAGUUCGUCCUCGAGUCGAGCUACCAGACCCCCGAAUUCACAAAAGACCUCUGGCGCCUGUGCACCAAGGUCCAGGCCCAGACCAUCCGCGACUCCUGGGACCGCGCCGUCCAUCCCGAAAUGGUCAGCCCCCUCAUGUGCCCUCUUCUCCAGCUCCUCUCUGAGGAGUACAACGACGCCGACUUCCAGUUCGGUGGCGAGGAUCAGGCAUCCAUCUUUGCUCUCAUUGAGAAGUUUGGCCCUGAGCUUGGCCACCGCCCGCGCGGCCAUCUCAUGAACCCCAUGCUGCCCAACCUGACCGGCAAGAAGAUGUCUGCUACCCACGCCGACAAGACCAAGAUUAUGCUCCUCGAGACUCCCGAAAACAUCAUCGCCAAGAUGGAGGGUGCUGCUUGGCAGACCGAGUCUAGCAAGAAUGCUUUCCUCAUGACCCUGCGCGAUGUCCUGAUCCCGCUCAGCGAGCUUCACGCCCGUCCUACGGCCAAGGUCCUCCCCGACUGGGUCAACCCGUCUGUUGAUGCCAGUGCACCUGCUGGCACCGUCUUUACCGCCACCACAGAUGAUGGCCUCUUGCACUUUUCCGACUUUGCAGACAUUGGUCGUGCUCUGUCUGACGGCAGAAUUGAGCCUGAUAUGCUCAAGAAGUCAGUUGCCUCUGCUGUUGCUAAGCUGUUUACUCCCAUGCAGGGCCUGUUUGAUGCCAACCCAGAGUGGCAGGCCGCUUCUGCUGGCGGAUACCCUACCGUCUAA